AUGACUUCAUCUCAAUCAGCUGUGAAUUUUGUUCCAGGUCCUGAUUUGAGGAUUGUGAUAAUAGGAAAAACUGGUGUGGGGAAGAGUGCUGUUGGAAACACCAUCCUGGGAAAUAGACAUUUCGAAUCUCGUCCCAGUUCAGAGUCAGUGACUCAAACUUGUAAAACAGGUGAAACACAGUGGAAAGGGAGAAAUAUUUCUGUCAUAGACACACCAGGGAUCCUGGACGCUCACUCUGCAGAGAUGACCAAAAAUGAACUUGUGAGAUGCGUUGAAGUCUCCAGUCCAGGUCCUCAUGUUUUUCUACUGGUGCUCCAAGUCGGUCGAUUCAGCAGAGAGGAGAAAAACUCUGUGGAAGCCCUGCAGGAGCUGUUUGGUCCAAAAGCUCAACAUUAUAUGAUUGUGCUGUUCACCCACGGAGAUGCCCUUGAAGACCAGGAAAUCACCAUAAAGCAGUAUGUACGUGAAACCAAAUCAGACAAGCUCAGACGAGUCAUCCAAAGCUGUGGAAACAGGUUCCACGUCUUUAACAACAGAAGCAAAGACAGAAAGCAGGUGGAGGAGCUGAUGAAGAAGAUUGAUGACCUGGUGGCAGAAAACGGUGAGACAUACUACACAAAUGCCAUGUUUAGAGAGGUGGAAGAAAGGAAACAGAGACAAGCUGACAGGGAGGACGAAGAAUACAAGUUCCUGGGUCAACUGUUAGAGCAGAUUCUACGUCCUGAUUUGAGGAUUGUGAUAAUAGGAAAAACUGGUGUGGGGAAGAGUUCCUCUGGAAACACCAUCCUGGGAAAAAAACCUUUCAAAUCUCGUCCAAGUUCAGAGUCAGUGACUGAAACCUGUGAAAUAGCUGAAACACAGUGGGAAGGGAGAAAUAUUUCUGUCAUAGACACACCAGGGAUCCUGGACACUCACUCUGCAGAGAUGACCAAAAAUGAACUUGUGAGAUGCGUUGAAGUCUCCAGUCCAGGUCCUCAUGUUUUUCUACUGGUGCUCCAAGUCGGUCGAUUCACCACAGAGGAGAAAAACUCUGUGGAAGCCCUGCAGGAGCUGUUUGGUCCAAAAGCUCAACAUUAUAUGAUUGUGCUGUUCACCCAUGGAGAUGAUCUUGAAGACCAGGAAAUCACCAUACAGCAGUAUGUACGUGAAACCAAACCAGAGCUCAGACAAGUCAUCCACAGCUGUGGAAACAGGUUCCACGUCUUUAACAACCGAAGCAAAGACAGAAAGCAGGUGGAGGAGCUGAUGAAGAAGAUUGAUGACAUGGUGGCAGGAAACGGCGACACAUACUACACAAAUGCCAUGUACAGAGAGGUGGAAGAAAGGAAACAGAGACAAGCUGACAGGGAGGACGAAGAAUACAAGUUCAUGAGUCAACUGAUAGAGCAGAUUCGAAGUUUUCAUUCACGUCUUAAAAGAGAUUAA